AUGGGGAUUCUACCUCGCGGGUCCUCUGGCUACGGUGCCAACAGCAUCUGCACGACUCCAGCAUGUAUCGAGAUUGCGAAUGACAUCCUGGUCGGCAUGGCUACAAAUCAUACAAAGAUUGAUCCAUGCACCAACUUCGAUCAGCUCGUCUGCGGCAACUGGGCAAAGCGCAACCCGAUCCCCGCAGGCAACAUGUUUGCCGAUGCUAUUGGAGCCACCCAAUUGCAUGUUUACGAUCUCGCUCGGCGCAUCCUCGAAAGUCCCUACCCUUCUGGCCCUGACGCCGGCUGGAUAACAGUCAAUCUCACUAAAGACGAGAUCAAGGCUGAUAAACAGAAUUUUUUCAAGCUCCAGGAAGCUUACCAAGUCUGCAUGAAUACAACUGCCCAACAAGAAGAGGGUCUUAGCCAACUUCGACAACUGGCCAAGACUAUUGUCACGACAUUCCCUGCUUCCGGCAGCGGAAAGAAAGGAACGGUGUACAAUCACUCAAAAGGAAUCGGUCAACUUAUGGCGUUGUUUGAAAGCCUGGGCAUCGAGACGACACAGAGGUUCUUGCAGUUCCCAGAGCCUAGCAACCCCGACAAGAUGGCCCUUGCCAUCCUGCCACCCACUGAUGCUAGUCUUCCAUCCACUCCUAAUGAUAUGCCUGGGUUCAUUCAGAUUGCGAGCGAGCUCAUUUACUCUGUUCAUCCUGCCAAACUGACCAGAGGCCAGGCUCAGACUUUGAUGCAGUCCGUCGUCGCCCUCCAGCUCUCGAUCAAACCGGCUACCGCUCCAAAGAAGGCGGAUCAGAAACAAAUUCCUAACGAGACAUACAUGUCUAUCAAUGAUAUCCAGAAACUCGCUCCACAGCUGAACUUCAAGUACGUCGUUGAUCAGUUGGCGCCUGCAGGAUACGACGAUUCCAAGAUCAUGAUCUGGGCCCCAGAGCUAUACUACAAAACCUCGCAAAUGUUCUCCCAGAUGCCACCCGCGGUCAUCCAAACUUACUUCCUUUGGAAAGCCAUCGCUGCUGUUUCCACUUACGUCGACUCGCCAGAGACAGCGGCUUACAACACGUGGAAGAGAAAGCACCAAGGCAAGGAUCCCCGCAGCCCUGCACCUCGCUGGCGGCGAUGCGUAUCUCUUCUCGACAGAGGGGUCGACUGGAUUGCUGGAGACCAAUUCGCUGCUUGGAGUGUCGGUCCUACCGGUCUGAGUUGGAUUCUUGCCCGAUUCUUCGCCGAUAAGCACUUUACUCCAGAUACUAAGAAUUUAACAUCUCAGAUCAUUGACAAUCUGGAGGAGGCUUUUAUCGAGCGCAUUGGAACCAGAGCUUGGGCUACUGAUAAGGUCAAGAAGAUUGCUGUUGAGAAAGUUCGCGCUAUGGCGAGGAAGAUUGGCUUACCUGCCUCGCCCCAUGUCACUGACGCAAAGCUCUUGAAGAAGUUCUAUUCUGAUAUCGAGAUUACCCAUUCUUUGCUCCUCAAUGCUCUCGCCUUCGCAAAGUCUCGGGUUGCCAAGAACUGGGCAUCUCUUGAUAAGCCUGUCGAUCGAAAGAAGUUCCUCUUCGGUGCUCUGACCACCAGCGCUUUCCAUUCCCCCGCACAAAAUGCCAUAAUAUUCCUUGCGGGCAUACAGCAAUCUCCCAUCUACCAUGUCGGCUAUCCCGCAUACAUUACCUUCGGCGGCAUGGGAAGUAUUGUUGGGCAUGAAAUCACGCAUGGUUUCGAUAACAGGGGCCAUCAGUAUGACAAAACGGGCAAGGUGAGCGAAUGGCUCGAUAAAAAGUCCAUGAGAGGAUUCGAGAAGUCCAGUGAUUGCUUUGUCAAGCAAUACGACAAAUUUACCGUCACCGGCCCCUAUGGACAAAAGUGGCGGGUCGAUGGAAAGCUUACGGUGAAUGAGAAUAUUGCAGACGCAGGUGGUGUUGUCUCUAGCUUUGCGGCUUGGAAGAAAUGGGAGAAGGACAAUGGAAAAGCUCAAGAUCUGCCUAGACUCGGUCACUUCACGCAUGAGCAGCUGUUCUUUGUCAAGUGGGGUCAGUCUUGGUGUGCCAACAUGAAACCGGCGGAGGUCAUUGCUCAGUUGACGGAUACCCACAGUCCUCGGCAGGCUAGGAUUUUGUUGCCGAUGGAGAACUCUGCUGAUUUCCAACGUGCGUUCAACUGUCCUCGGAAGAAGCCUGUUUGCGAGCUUUGGUAG